AUGCCAUCCCCGCCCAUCACCGACUAUACAGCGUUCCGGGAGCGCCUUGGCUCGCGCGCCGAUGCCGACACGGAGGCACUCUAUGAUGACGAGGCCAUGGCAUCGAGCCGGCCCGCGUCGCCCCCGCUGCAGCGCCGCCUCUCACAGUUUGCUCGAAGCAUGCCUCAGAUGCGCUCCGUGUCGUCGCUGGGACAUGCAUCGCAGAGUGCGUCGCGGAGGGGGGGGCUCACCGGAGCGAUAGAGCCGCGAGCGCCCGCCCAGACCGACGGGUCGCCUCGGGCUUGGCGCACCAGCUCCGUGCCGAUGCAGUCGCUCGCCGAGAGCAGGGAGCCGUCGAACAGCUUGUUUGAUGAGUGCCUCCUUGAUGUUCAUCGCUCGAUGACGUCGUCGCCGAUGCCCCUCCAGAACGACAUGUUUUUGAUCCCGUCGUAUGCCUCCUCCCGACACGAGAAAAGCCAUGCGAGCUCGCCGAGCGACUCGGUACGCCCCGCGCCAGCGACGGCGCCGAGACAGUCGCGCGUGGCGGAGAAUGUCGUGCUGGUGCUCGAGCCGGCGACGCGCGCCUUGCACAUGUUUGGCCCGCUGCACCUCACAGGGAGCUACUCGCUCUCGGGUACCGUCAAGCUCAGUCUGCCACACGCCACGAGUGUCUGCGACAAUAUCGACGUGCUGUCUCUGCGUGUUGUGUUCACGGGCUACUCGUUGUAUGUGGACGGAUCCGGCCGCUACUCGUGUGUGCGGCUGUGCGAGGUGGCCAAGGAGCUUGUCGAUACGCCGAUGUGCGUCAAUCUCCCGCCGAACGGCCCGCCGAUGCUCGAUGCCCUGUUCGAUGUGUGUGCGCCAGGAUGGCUGCCUGCGUCGAUUAGUACGCGCACCGUGAGCACAUUUUACUGUUUGCAAGCGAUGGUCGUCCUGCGCGAAAACCCCCCCAUCGCCUCGUCUCUGCUGCUGGAUGUGGACACGUCGGCCGGCCAGCUCCCGCCGAUCACGGUGCGCAGCGCGCCGAUCCUGGUGGUCGUGAACCGCACGCGCGACGUUGUGUCGAUCCCUCUCGCGCAGCGCGCCGAGUUUAGCGGCGUCGAUGUGCCGCUAAGCGGAAAUCCAUUCCGCAAAACCGAGACGAACCCCUUCCGCCGGGGCGCCAAGCCAGCGCCGACGGGCCCCGCCGCGGACCUGCCGAAGCAGGCGCCCGAGGCGCCUGCUGCCGGCAACGCGAGCGCAUCGACGGCGCGCCAGCGCAGCACGCCGGACCGUCCGCCGCCCGCACAGGCGACCCUGCGGCACUACUCUCACAUGCCCCAGCUGCAUCUGCCGACGCCGUCCGUGAUCCAGGGCACCAAGUACGAUUUUUUGCCGCUCAAAAUUACGCUCUCUGUCCCGUCGCAUUGUGCGACGCAUGCGUCGGCGCGGGGCGAGCAGGCGCCCCUGGUAUUUGGGCUGCAUAUCGCGCUGGACCCGCUUUGGCAGCAUGCUCGGUACUGGAGUGAUUUGCGGCUGUGUGAGCUGGAGGCGGCGUGUGUGCAAAUGGAAAAGUACAGCUCGACCCUAUCGCGCAGCUACUGCACGGCGUUUGCGCUGCCGACUGAUGGGAGUACGAACGUGAGCGCCGCACGACUGCCGGUGUUCGAGCAGGUGCCGCGGCAGCUGGGUGUCGCGACGCCCCAGAGCGCCGCUGUGCAGCCGGGUGUGCCGGGCAUGCAUCCGUACCACCGCUCGCUGGUCGACUACCGCGUGCGCCUGGAAAAAAAUGGCGCUGCACCGACAGAGCGGCAGAAUGGGGUGGAAAGAUUCCGCGCCUACACGGUCGGCCCGCUCCCUGACCGUGAUCGGGAGCGCAGCGGCGCUCAUCCGGGCACCAAGGACAAGUCAACGCCCAAAGACGACAAGGCAUCCUCGGCGUGGCGGCGGCGCACGGUGUCGAAUGCGUUCCAGCGCCUGUCCCUCCUGGGCGGUCCUCGUGAAUCACACGCGCCCCCCACGCCGCCCCUGCCAGCGCCAGCGCCGACGAACCAGGGCCCCCUGGCCGAGGUCGCUGCCGCCGCGGCGGGCGGAACGGCGACGCCCGCGUCGAACGAGGCGACAAAAGCAUCGUAUAUGUUUGAGGGUGACGAUGGGCAUGGGCUUGUGCUCCUGCACAGGCGCGUGCGACUCUCGUUCAGCCUUCCGCUUGUUCCGAGUUCGAGUCGUUCGGCGGCGAUGCAGAAUGCGCCGCAGCUGCUGCCCGACUAUGAAAGUCCGCAUAUGCGUGUGCGGCACAAGCUGAAAGUCAAGAUCCGCUUCGGGUUCGGCUCCUCGACCCUCGCGCCGAAUGUGGGUGUGCAGAGUGUGGUUAUGAGCGUGCCGGUCCGCUUCAGCGAGGCGCCGCCGGGCGAGGCGCUCGCGCAGGCGCCGCCGCUCGUGUUGCCUGCCGCGGCGCAGACGUAUGUGCCGAGUGGCGAUGCGCUCGGAUCGGCGCUCCCGAGUGCCUAUGCCCAGGCAUCGCGCUCGUCGCCGGCCAACCGUAUGGACCACGUAUACUUGCCUGCGUACACGCAGCUCUUCCGCGCGGACGGCUCACGCCUGGGCGACGACGAGGAAGUGCUGCCGCCGUAUCCUGACCAGCAGCACGUAUCUAUGGAGCCAGCCUACCCGUCGCUGUCGGCGCUCCUUGCGUCGCAGCUGCGUCUUGUCUCGGACGAGACGCGCGAAAACAAGUCGGCGGUGUCUAUGAGCGUGCUCGACGCGCUGAAUGCACACGAUGAAGAGCUGUUCAAUGUGGCAGCGCCCAUGGACGACGAGAUGAUGGACGACCAUCUCGCGGCAGACGGGGGCUUUGACGAUGACGUGGAGUUGGGCCGCGUCGCACCGAGUGCGGCGCGCUCCGUGUCGCCGCUCCUUGAGAUGCAUACGGACCCGACACGCCGCGGCUUUGGCGCGAGUCCCCUGCUCCCGAGCGAGGCGCCUGCUCCGGUGACCGUGGGCAGCGAGGCCCUGGCACCGGCGCUCUCGUAUAUGAGCCCGUCGCUGGGCGCCGUGGCGCGGCCUGCGUAG